CCCUGAGACACACGAUUUGUGUCUGUCAUUAUGUGUCUUGAAAGACAGAAUACUGCAGAUUUAGCACGCUCAAGUAUAAAUUGAUGAAUUACUUGGUUUUGGUGCUGAGAUAAUCUACGUUUGUGAUUUGGCGCAGGCAGAGUAUCAUUGGUAGUGCGGCCGGUGCAAGCUGGCCCACCAAUUUUGGAUCUCGUACCCGCCGUCGGGUCCAGGCGGCUCAUCCGCCUCUAAGGAUAAGGAAAAGGCGGCAGCCGCCGAAGAGGAAAAGAAAAGUGCCACCUCUAAGGACCAGAGACAGAUCGAAUAUGAUCAGGCGGUUAGGGAACAGGUUCGUUUCGCCGAACGUGAACAGCGAGAAAUCCGCCGUUUGGACGACGAACUUUUGCAACAGCGCUACGACGAACGUGAGCGCGAACGGGAGCAGCUCGAACUCCGCGAACAACGUAGAUUGUGGCAGCUGGCAUCGACGGCUGCUGCGCCAUCUAGCGGCGGGGGGCAGCAGACGUCUAGCGAUACGGAGGAUGGAGAUGCGGCUACAGCGUCGACGGCGACGGCGGGGGGAUCUGGUGCUGGAUCAUCCAGCAAUAGAAGUUAUCAGCACCAGCAGAGGAUCAAUAUAUUCAAACAAGGCAGCUAAGUUUAUCAAGGAGCUUAAAGCAAACAUUUUGCGUAACAUGCGCCAUCUAACCCCUCACGGUUGAAAUUGAAACUGUCAAAACUUCGAGAGGGAGAGGAAAUUCCAUCUGUUCCCGCUCCGGUUCACUACGGGAUCUCGCGAAAAAAUCUCUACUGGAUGCAAUUCAAAUUCUGGAAGCGAGGAGGAAGAUUGAAAGCAACCAGAGUGGGAUAGCUAGAAAAAAGAGUGAUGCAAUCAUUGAAGAUACGCGAUUUGGGGAAUUGUUUCGUUUAAAUAAAGAAGCGGUGCAUCAUACAAUAAAUUGUAUUCAACAACAAUUAUUGGAGAAUACCAAC